AUGGGUCUAUCUCCGAAGGCAUUUACCUUCGCCACGGGCUGCUUCGUUGCGCUCGGCUCCAUCCUCUUCGGCUACGACCUCGGUGUCAUCGCCGGUGUGCUCGUUGCCCAGGACUUCAUCGACACGACGGGCAACCCCGACGCCACGUACAUCGGCUUCAUCGUGAGCGCGCUGCUCCUCGGCGCCUUCUGCGGCUGCAUCCCCGCCGGCCUGCUCGCCGACCGCUUUGGCCGUCGCUGGGCCAUCGUGGUGGGCUGUGUGAUCUUUAUGCUCGGUGGCAUCCUGCAGACGGCCGCCAUGAACCGCGAGAUGAUGAUUGCAGGCCGCUUCUUUGCAGGGAUGGCAAUUGGAAUGUUGUCCAUGCUUGCGCCGCUCUACCAGUCCGAGAUCGCCCACCCUUCGAUUCGGGGCAGGCUCACGACGCUGCAGCAAUUCUUCCUCGGCAUCGGCGCUUUCAUCGCCUCGUUUGUCGUCUACGGCAUGCAGGUGCACCACGCCGGCACCGCCGCCCAGUGGCGCUUCCCGCUCGGCCUGCAGAUGGCUCCAUGUGUGCCGCUCGCCACGAUGAUCUUCCUCUUCCCCGAGUCGCCGCGCUGGCUCAUGUCCGUCGGCAAGGAGGAGGAGUCCGUCGCUGCGCUCGCUCGCCUGCACGCCAACGGCGACACCAAGGACAAUCUCGUGCUCGCCGAGGCCGCCGAGCUCAAGGCUGCGCUGGCACACGAGCGCGAGGUCGAGACGGGCUGGGCCUCGCUCUUCACCAACCGCAAGAACUUCCGCCGCAUCCUCAUGGGCAUCACGCUGCAGUUCAGCGUGCAGAUGACCGGCGUCUCUGUCUUCCAGUACUACGCUCCGGCCGUCUUCGCCAACCUCGGCUUCGGCGCCGAGCGCUCGCUUCUCUUCCAGAGCAUCAGCAGCGUCGUCGCGCUGAUCGCACAGUUCUCCUGCAUUCUCCUCGUCGAUCGCCUCGGACGUCGCCAGCCUCUCAUCUGGGCCAACAUCGCCAUUGGCGUGACGUUCAUCAUCGGCACAGCGCUUCAGGCGCGCUACCCGGCAUCGACUGGCAACAUCGGAGCCGCCUACGCGUACAUCGUCAUGACGUGGCUCUUCAACUUCGCAUUCAGCUGCGCCGUCGGCCCUAUCAGCUGGGCUUAUCCUGCAGAAAUCUUCUCGACGUCCAUCCGCGCCAAGGGAACGGCGGUCACCAGCAUGGCGUGCUGGGUCGCCAACUUCAUGAUCGCCCAAGUCUCGCCGAUCGCACUGGACAGCAUCGGCUGGAGAUAUUAUCUCGUCUUCGUCGUGUGUUCGUUCACCAACGCCCUCACGUUCUACCUCUUCUUCCCCGAGACGGCCGGCCGAACGCUCGAGGAGAUGGAGCAGUACAUCAACGAGUCGGGCUACCUCGUGCCGCUCCACAAGUCGCGCGGGCUGCGCAGCGCCACGGAGCGCGAGGAGGAGCUGCGCCGCGGCAUCACGGCCGUCACCGGCGCCGACGAGGUGCUGCAGCAGGUGCAGCAGGUGCCUUCGGCCGGCGACAGCGACAAGUACAGCAACAACGACGAGAAGCUCGCGCAGAAGGUCUAG